ACCAUAAUGUAAUAUUUUGAUAACAUUUUUCGAAAAUCCAAAAAUAUCCGCCUUAAAAGUAACGGUACGCUAAUGAUCCGAACUUGACAACAGUACAAUCGAAGAGCACAGUAUCUCUUCUGCCCCCUCCGAUGAUAAACUUUAAACGUCAGUGUAACUUUAUCUUACGCACGCCGUCAAACCGUUAGUAACGCGCGAGCCUGGAUAGUGAAUUAACAAGAAGAGUGUAAUAUUAAAGUACAACGAAAAAUAAAGUUUUUUCCAUAACAUGUGGUUAUUAAUAUUUGUGGCAAUCUUGGCAUUAAGUAGCGCUACAUCAAAAACAAUUAAUCUACCAAGUAACGAUACAGAAUGGCAAUACAGUUUCGGAGUCGAUUAUGAAAAUAAUCAAUUUUUAUUGGAUGGAAAACCCUUCCGAUAUGUUUCCGGUAGUUUUCAUUAUUUUCGGGCACCUAGACAGUACUGGAGAGAUCGUUUAAGGAAAAUGCGAGCUGCGGGACUUAAUGCUAUCUCCACUUACGUUGAAUGGAGCCUUCACGAACCAGAACCAGGUCAGUUUAACUGGGCCGGCGACGCAGAUCUAGUAAAUUUCAUAAAUAUUGCACAAGAGGAAGACUUAUUUGUAUUGUUGAGACCAGGUCCUUAUAUUUGCGCGGAAAGAGACUUAGGUGGUUUACCAUAUUGGUUGCUUCGUGAAGUACCGAAUAUAAAAUUACGUACAAAAGAUGCAGAUUUUGUUAGGUAUGCUACAUUGUUUCUAAAUCAGGUGCUGGACAAAGUGAAACCACUCUUGAGGGGUAAUGGGGGACCGAUAAUUAUGGUUCAGGUAGAAAAUGAAUACGGAAGUUACAAUGCUUGCGACACAGAGUACAUGGACAUGUUGAAAGAAGUUUUUGUACAAAAAAUCGGUAAUAAAGCUCUUCUGUAUACAACUGACGGUUCAUCCGCGUCUUUACUUCGAUGCGGUUUCAUACCUGGUGCAUAUGCUACCAUCGAUUUUGGCUCGAACUCCAAUGUAACCAGCAAUUUUCAAACUAUGCGCCUUUAUCAGCCACGAGGUCCGUUGGUGAAUUCGGAAUUCUAUCCAGGUUGGUUGACGCAUUGGGGAGAAACUUUCCAAAGAGUAAAAACGGAAGCUAUCACAAAAACAUUGAAAGAAAUGCUUGAUGUAGGUGCUUCCGUUAACUUUUACAUGUUUUAUGGGGGUACAAAUUUUGGUUUUACCAAUGGAGCUAAUGGUGGGGUAGAUGCGUACAAUCCGCAAUUAACUUCGUACGAUUACGAUGCUCCUUUGACCGAAGCCGGAGAUCCGACGGACAAAUACUUUGCCAUAAGGGACACCAUUCGUCUCUAUCUUCCAUUGCCGAAUAUAUCUCUCCCAACUGCAUCUCCGAAAGCUAAUUACGGUCCAGUGUUAUUGCAACCGGUACAGAAGUUGCUCGACAGUCGAUCUCCAUUCGUGGUGAUUCGGCAGAAUGGGGAUCAGCCCAAAACUUUCGAGAGUCUCUCUGUAAAUCAAGGAUUUGUCCUUUACGAGACGAACUUGCCGAAUUCUGUCUCAGACCCGGCUAUACUGCGAGCAAUGACAAAGGACAGGGCGCUAGUUUAUGUGGAUGAUCGCCUGUCUGGUACUCUCAGUCGCAUAGAUAAGAUUUUCACUAUACCACUGGAGAGUCCUUACGGACGCCGCUUGAGUCUGUUGGUGGAGAAUCAAGGACGCUUGAAUUUCGGCAAUGAAAUUCAUGAUUUCAAGGGAAUAUCGAACGUGACCAUCAGCGGCACUCCAUUGACUGGCUGGAAUAUGACAGGAUACACGUUUUCCGACGUAUCUUCCCUUCGGCACCUGACAACCAUACGUGUUGAGAGCGGAACUCUAAACAACGGUCCGGUAUUUCUACGUGGAAAAUUUACGAUCGUCGGACAACCGUUGGACACAUUUCUGGACACUACCGGUUGGGGAAAAGGCGUAGCCUUUGUAAACGGCCAUAAUCUCGGAAGAUACUGGCCGUUAGUGGGCCCGCAAAUAACUUUGUAUGUUCCGGCUCCGUAUCUUCGCCAGGGCGAGAAUGAGUUGAUCAUAUUGGAAUUGGAAUAUGUGGCGCAAACUAGAAAGAUGAAGUUCCAAUCCGUGCCGAAUCUGGGUUAAAUUGAUCGAACUCAAAGUGAAUCUAACUUUAAUUGUAAAACUUAAAUAAUCAAAUGUGACUGCAGGUGUGUGUUAUUGGAUCAUGUAUGCUCUUUUGCCUUUAAUAAAAAAAAAAAUAGAAAUCUA